CUCAAUUGUUGUCCAGGGCUCCGUUUAUCUGGUUAUAGUACUCUCUAUUUCUCAUCAUGAAGUUUUCGCUUGCUGUUAUCGCUGGUAUUUUUGCCGUUGGUAUUCAGGCAGCCACUGUUAAACCCACUUUGUACAUCUUUGGCGACUCGCUCUCAGAUGGAUACAACUUGUACAACAAGGCUGUAGGUGGGGCCACAUCUGACAACUCGAUCACUCCGUCGCUGCCAUUUGGUCUGCCCGUCCAGAUACCUAGCUCCCAGGACCAGAUCAACUGGUUCAAGUCAGCCAACCCGAACUACUCGCAAAGCAACAUGCGCUAUGCAGACAUUGCUGUUCUUGAGAUCGGUGCCAAUGACUUUCUCGUGAAUCUGUUCUCACUUGCGGCAGGAACUAAGACCCCUGAGUCGUUUGCAGAGCGCCUGUCCAACGAAGUAAUCAGCCAGAUGGACCAGCUCAAGGCCAUUGGUUUCCGGAAUAUCGUCGUGCCCAAUCUGGCCGCAAUCCAGCUUACGCCUCUGGCACAUAUGCUCAAGGUCCAGGGGAUCGCCAACACCACUGUCACGUACUACAACAAUAUGCUGGCACAAAAGGUUGCAGCGUGGAAAGCAACGGCAGGAAUCGGGUUUGUUACUGUUGCUGAUGUUGCAAAGUUCCUGGCGGUUGCUCUCGGACUAGAGGAUGUCAGCACGUCUUGCGUCGGGGGCAAUCCUUCUGGACUUUCAAUCCCGGGACUAACUACUUCUUUCGACCCAAUUCACCCCGCUGAACGCAUCCAGCGCCUGUUUGGAUACUUGGGCUUUGAGAUGGUUAAGACCACUCUUCAGGGUGGUACAUAUGAUAUUAACGAGGCAAAUAUCCUUAACAUUAUCAAGACCUACAGCUUGAACAGUCCUGCCCCGAAGCCAGCCAGCAUCUGAAGCCAGAUUUAGCUUCGAUAGUUACCAGCUCUUAAUCUUUCACACAAUUUUCUGAAUGUAAUUUGUACCCAUG